CCGACGUCUAUAUCUUCCAUGGGCACCUUUUGUAUCGCAUUUAACUCAGUAUGGCGUCUCAAAAUCCACCGAGCGAUGCUGUCGUGGAUGGGCAAGCCAGUGGCGUAGCUGAUGGUCAGGCUCCCACGCAUACAUACGUGCCAAACCGUGGCUACGUGAACAGUGACGCCGCUGGCUCCCAGCGGAGGCUAGCACCAGGCCAGUUCGUUCAGGAAGACGACGACGAAGACGACGAAAAUGACGAGGAAGAAGAAUACGAUGAUGACCUGGAUAACGACCACCUGCUUGACCCCGAAAUGCUCGCCUCAUCCAACCCUUCCGAUCUUACAAAAUCAUAUAACCGCCAGCGGCGCCUCGACCAGGCCGUUAGCGACGCCAGUGUCCCAUCAUGGCAGUAUCCCAAAUCCAACCCUCAAAGAUCGGCCAAACCCGACAUGGGAGAAUUAGGCUACGGCGUGAAGAAGCUCAAGAUCGAAGGACCCGAGUCCUUACCCACAGGCCCAUCCAAAGGUAAAGACAAGUCCGACCGUGCUACGUCCGAGCAGGUCCUUGAUCCCAAGACCCGUCGCAUACUCUUCCAAAUGAUCAACUCAGGCAUUGUGUCCGAGAUCAACGGCACGAUAUCAACUGGCAAAGAGGCGAACGUGUACCACGCCGUGUCGGCCUCGGACGAUCCAGAACAGCCAGACACCCAGGUCGCGAUCAAGGUGUACAAGACGAGCAUUCUCGUCUUCAAGGACCGGGAGAAGUACGUCACCGGCGAGUUCCGGUUCCGUAAGGGGUUCAACAAGGGUGACAACCGAGCCAUGGUCAAGCUCUGGGCGGAGAAGGAAAUGCGCAACCUCAAGCGGAUUCACACCGCAAAAAUCCCGUGUCCGGAACCGCUCUACUUGCGCAGACAUGUGUUGGGGAUGAGUUUCAUUGGCGACGCGAAAGGCAAGGCCGCGCCACGACUGAAAGAUGUUGUAUUCGAAGAUGAGAAUCCCGCAGCGAGAUGGCGCGGCGUGUAUGUCGACGUGUUGGCGUACAUGAGAAUUAUGCUUCAUGUUUGUAAGCUUGUACAUGCGGAUCUGAGCGAGUACAACAUCCUGUUCUAUCGGGGCAGGCCGUGGAUCAUUGAUGUGAGUCAGAGUGUCGAGGGGGAUCAUCCGCGAAGCUUGGACUUUUUGAGGAUGGACAUCAAGAACGUCAGCGACUUCUUCAGGAGGCAGGGCGUGAAUGUGUUGAGUGAUAGGAAAGCUUUUGAGUUUAUUACGGCGCAGGUAAACGGCGGAGAUGAGAUGCUACAAAUGGAUGCGCUAGGAGCGGAAAUCGAUAAGAUCAUGGCGGAGAGAAAAGAAGGCGAAGAGGACGACGAGGUUGCGAAUGAAGUGUUCAGAAAACAGUACAUCCCCCAAACGCUGGAUGACGUGUACGACGCAGAGAAGGACGCCGAGCAGAUGAAGACUGCCGGCCGGGAUACAUUGGUGUACAAGGAUCUACUUGCGCCGACGAAGCGUGAGGAGCGGGAAGAGGAGGCGUCGUCAGACGUCGAUCAAGACGACACUCUCGGCGCGCCCUUGGAACGGGUUGAAUCUCACUCAGCUCAGGAGUCGGGGUCGGCUGGUGAGGAGUCGGAUGCCGCGUCGGAAAGCGAGUCUGAGGGUGAUGGGCGGCCGCGAGGGAAAAGGUUCCAGGACAAAGACGAGAAGCGCGAGCACAAACGCAAAGUUAAAGAGGAGAAGCGGGAGAAGAGAGCGACGAAAAUGCCCAAGAACGUCAAGAAGAAGCUGGUCAAGGAAUCUUCGAGACGGAAAUAGGUGCCUGCAGCGUGCAGGAAGGAUUUCAAGUCGAACAACGCACCGGCCUUCAAUUGUGCCACUUUCCCUGUCGACAGUUUUGGCACCAGCUACGCCGCUCACCCGGGCUGCGAGCUGGUAACGUCAGAUUUUCCGGAGUGAUGGACCGCAUCAUUGAACCGGGCCAGAACUUCAAGGAACGUGUUUGGCGGAUGAAGCCGAGCCUGCCAGAGCAGGGACUACUCUGCUUGUUCUCGCGCCGCCGUCGGACUGGUCCUGUCUGCUGCAAUAUGACCGAGCAGGAGCGGUCCCAAAGGUGGUUUCAGAAUCAGAUUCAGAUUCACAUCCGACUUUGAAAAUGAUGGCAACGGUCUCAAUUGCCCUUGACGAGGUCGGGUAUGAGGACGAAGCUCCCCAGAAACACAAAAUAAUGGUGGCCGCAUCACCUCCCCGUUUUGAACCUCCUUGCCGCCUCUUCCACCGUCUUCUGCGGCAAGUCCGGCACGCUGGCAUCGAAUCCAUCCUCGUCGACCCUAUGGAUCUCAAACCGUGGUGGUAACGCAUUCACCCCAGGCCAAAUGUCUCCCGGCAGGAACUCACCCAGGUCAUCUCGAAAUUUCACCCUCAACUGCCGAUCCUGCUCGUAUAUCUGCGCCAAUUGAGAAUGAGCCUGAGCGAUCACUCGCUCCAUCUGCUUCUUCGUUGCGCGGCGUCGAUCCACUUCAAUAAUCAAACCGUCAUACGCAUGCAGAAAAUUGGCAUAGUAACUGCAAAGUUCUUCCAUACCACCGA